GCUCCAUGCGCCGCCGCCUCGCAGCUCCUUGUCCUCCGCCUUCUACUCCGCACCCCUCUCCGCCUCCUCCUCCUCGCCCUCCUCCACCUCCUGCCACCGCAGCCGAGGCACUCGGGGCCCCAGGGCUGGAGGGCCCCGCAGGAUGCCUCUGAGGGUGUCCUCUGCGCGACCCCGAGAGCGGGCCCCGUCCCACGGCGAUAUUGGGACCGGGUCGUCUCUCGGUGGCCCGGGCCACCUGGGAGCGCUCACCCGGGUGGGACCGCCCCGGGCACGCGCACGUCUCCUGCUCGCCCUGGGGGUCACUCAGAUGGUUCUCGGCGGUCUGAUCGUGGCCGUGAGCUUCGCUGCGCUGGCGCUCACCACGUCGGCCAGGGUGCGCCACUCGUGCCCCUUCUGGGCCGGCUUCUCGGUGCUGCUAUCGGGCCUAAUCGGUGUGCUGUCCUGGAAACGGCCUAUUUCUCUCGUGAUUACGUUCUUCACGCUGCUGUCAGCGGUGUGUGUGAUGCUCAAUUUGGCCGGCUCCAUUCUCUCCUGCCAGAACGCCCAGCUCGUCACCUCGCUGGAAUACUGCCACUUGAUAAACUUGGAGGACGAUGUGUGCGUCUGCUGCGAGAACCCCAAGCUGAACGGCUGCAGCAACCUGGGGGACACGCUGAAGCUGAACCCGCUGCAGGCGUGCGACUCCGUGCGUCUCGCCCUCAAGGAUUUGCUCUUCAGCGUCUGUGCUCUGAACAUCAUCUCAGUGGCCGUGUGCGCUCUUGCGACCGCCACACGCUGCAUGCAGAUGAUCUCCUCUGAUGUCAUACACAUUUUUGUGCCGCACCGCGCGGACCAGAACUCCGACGACUGCCCAAACGCGCGCGAUUCCAUCUUCCAGGGCGAGGACUUUGACGACUUCAUUCCUCCCGUCCCACCGCCUCCUUACUACCCGCCGGCGUACGGCCACACAGCACUGCCCGAGUCACUCCGGGUCGGCAGGUUGGCCCUCACGCACUACUCCAUCGGCCACGUGUACGGAGCUCGCCUGGGCAGUCCGGACCCAUGUUUUGCGGGCGAUCUCCCACCGCCGUACGAGGCCGUGGUGAGCCAGCCAUCUCUUCAACAGACGUCAAGUUUUGAAGAUCAGAUGACGGACGCUUCUUAUAGUAACAGCAACUACAACAGGACAAAUGAAGAGAGCCUGAGUCCGGGAGGGGCGUCGGAGGAGCUGGGAGGCAUGCCGGACGAGGACUGCGGCACGGAGGCGUCAUGCUCCAUGGCGGCGCACGGCUCCCCGCCCUCGGGCCAGGAGCUCUCCCCGCCGUGCAGCCCCGCCGGCGCGCGGUCCUCCGCGACGGCAACUCUUUCACGCGGCGGCGGCGGCAGCAGCAGCAGCAGCCUCGCGCCGGCACCCCCGGGGGACGCUAGCGGCACCCCGCGCACCCCGCGCACCCCACGCACCCCGCGCAGCCCGCGCAGCCCGCGCAGUCCCGCGCGCCGGACUUCUCGGGGCGACGACGACGGCGACGACGCCGCCGGCGGCUCAGGUGACACGACUCCGAGCACGGACGACGCGCGGUCAGGCGAGCCGUCCUCGGCCUACAGCACCGCACGCACCGGCACGGCGCCGAGCAGCCCCGGCAGCCCGGACGAGCGCAGCCUGCCGCUCGACGAGCCGCCCUCGGCGCGGGCCGGCCGGGCCGUCGUGGCGAGAGACGCGCGGAGCUUCCUCCCCGGACGCUGCCGGCGCGUCGGCGGCGUCGGCGGUGGCGGACUGCCCCGGCCGCGGAGGCUCGCGUCCAGAGUUCUGAGGGUCACCUCGCUGUCGGCGGAGGACGUCGGCCAGGGCUGCUGCAUCGUGCCCCUGGAGAUGGACGCGGCGUUCUAUGCCGGUGGGAGGACCGAGGAACGCAGCGGAGGAGGGGGUGGCAGGACCGGGGCGUCAAUGGGUUGCUUGCCGGGCAAGCUCAGCUUUUCGCGGCUGAGCAGGUCGACGAGUGACCCUUGCUCCCAGUCGUCGGCAACCCUCGUUGCCGAGGAUGAAUCGGAAGGCACGAGUGUGGAUUUGAGUGAUCUCUCAGGAGGGAUGAAAUCUCUUCGUAUAACCGAGGGCAGCCGACAGUCCAGCACGCAGGGGAGCCGCGACCACCUACCCCUGCGGCAGCAGCGGCAGCAGCAGCAGCAGCAGGCAAUCAGCAGCUUCCCCCCCGGCCCCCUCGAGCAGCGAGGGCCGGUCGUGCGACGCCCAAAGAGGCCGCCGCCGCACUCCCGCGGCGACGCCGGUGGCCGCGUGGCCGAGGGGGCCCAGCCGCGGCCGCGCUCGCUCGUCGACUUCAAGGCGUACCGCGACACCAAGCUGCUGGUGGCGCGCUUCCUGGAGCACUCGGACGCGGCCGACAACCUCUCGCCGGAGGUGCAGCACGUCGUGGACAACAUCCGGUCCGUGAUCGCGCUCGACGAGGGCAACAUGGAAGAGGCCAUCGCGAGCGCAAACGUCAUCGACCAGGCUAUAGCCGGCUGCCAAUCAGACCGGCCACAGCCUCGGCAGCCGAGCCGGCGGGCUCGCCGGCAAAGCUUGAACUUGAGCAGCUGCGGAGAGACGAGCUCAUCGGCCCCGUCAGCCCAGAGACGCCUCCCUCACCACGGCGAGCAUGAACGGCCUCACAGUCACAUCGGGAUCUGUCGAGAGACCGUCCUUUAACCUCGGACGCUGGCGCGCGCAAUUUUCGCGCGCGUGCGCUUUCCCCGUGGCGACGAUCGCCGUCGUCGCCGUCCUCUUCGUCACCACUUGCGUUCGCGCAGAGUGUUGCCCCCGCGGCAGUUUGGCCUUUUAGCGUUAAAAGGCCGCGUCUGACCACCGAGCGAGCGAGUGUGCGGGAAGACUUCUGCCGCGCGUCCGACCGCGGAAGCAGCGCACGGUGGCCGCCUAUGCCUGGUGCUGCGACGGCGACAUUUUCACGUCAACGCAAAUUACAACCGGCGACGCUCCCGAUUGAUCGUUUUAUCCCCCCCCCCCACCCCCCCAGCCAGACCCUGGACACCAAGGUAAAUGUUCAUAAUUAACGUGUUUGGGUUUAGAUCGCGUUAUUUAUAAAUGUGUCGUAACCCUCCACCACCCGACACGGCCAAUCAGUAAAAAAGUAUCACGUUGACAAAAGACAAAUAGUUCACUGCUUUAGCCCACCGGUGUGUUGAAGCGUGAAACCACAACAUUUACAAUUUGAGUACGACGAUUCUCUGGUAAUUGCAUCCAGCAUCAUCGGGCAAUUCGUCAGAAUGGUGAGGCUCCGCGAUCUAAACCCAAAAAACGUUGAUUAUGAAUAAUAUUGGUCGCGAAAGCCUACGUGUUAAAAAGGUAAAUGUGUUAAUUGCUUGGAGGCCACCUGGCUGCUUAAUUAUUGUUAUUGUAAUCUUUAUUUAAAGGUGGGUAUAAACAAUGCAAAUUGGACUGAAGAUAUCAAUGGUUUUAAUUGAUGUAAAAGUUGUAUUAUUGUUAUUGUUGAGGCGUGAAAUUCUAUUCAAGCUAUGGUUGCACAACAAAGAUGAAGCGCUUCAAUAAUUGUCUACCAUGAUAUGGCUUCACGCUAAUGCAGCGAGCAUUUCUCAAUCGCGUAUUUAAUUCGGUACCAGCACUACAGUUUGACAUUAGUACUUUUCAUUAAUAUUCGCCGUACAUCUUGACACUGGUUUACUCGAUACGAUUUGAGUUUUUUUUUUUUUACAAUUCUUAAGCUAUCCAAAAAUAAAUUCUCAAUCCUCUCGAGGACUCGUCACUGCUGCUCCAGCAGGCACCAUGAUUACACUUUUGUAAUGCACUUGCGAGCCACAUAUAUUCCUUUAAUGCCGUUAAUGAAUUAAAGCCCCAUCGGAUUUUGUGUGUGUGCAGGUUUGUUCGGCCUGAAGGCAGAACCAACGCACCAGGCCAACGGUUCCCUGUGUGGCUGUAUCUAUUUUUCCCUUUGGGACAGAACCGAUGAAAUAACUUCAUUUUCUUUCAGCCGCCAGGUACCAUGCCUUUUGAAAUGUGAAAAUGAAUUAGCGAGUGAGAAAAAACGCAAUUAAUAGAUACUCGGGGUAGGAUAAAUUUUAUACAACGUUAAGCAAUGUUUGCUAACUAUUUCACAGGAUUUGUUUCUUUGCAGGAACUGACAGAAGCUUGUCAAACUAUAAUGCCGUAAUCAUACCCCCCACAGGGUAGGUUGUCACGCGUUUUUAAUGCACGUUUAUCUCGUAUUUCCCCUUGUAACAGCCGAGAACUCAGUUGAGUUUAUUUAUUUUUUCUUUCUAGGAAUUCACAAGAUUCCUGCGCAAUCAGAAAGUGCAUCAUUUUUUAUUUCAUAGUUUUAAAAACACGGUCUGACUCUCGUGUGUGAGCACAAAGGCAGUGUUUUGGCCAUAUGUGGGCCUCAGUGGGCAAAAUUGUCAACAAAAUGUGUUGUUAAUCUGUAACAAAAAACGCAUAAAAGCAGUUUUCACCAAGAUAUGGUCGACUGGAAUGGCAGAAUGUUUAAAUGUGACGGUCUUAUGUAAUGGGACCAACAACAAAUGAGGUUACACUUUGUAUUGGUCAGCCUUAAAAUUAAAUUAUAUUUAUAAUGCUGUGUGCUUACUAUACAUAUAUAAGGUAUUGCACCCCACAAAGCAAUUAUGUGCAACAUAUCUUUUAAACUGAUGGCGCAGUGUUUCACAUACGGCGCUACGAACGCGAUGACCUGAGUUUGAUUCCCAACCAUGGCUAAGAUCAUCAGUAGUGAGCGAUAUCAACGAGUCCUGGAUAUAUCUCCCUCAUCAUGGAAACGAACGCGACUAUCCAGCUUUCAUGAAGUACCAUUGAACAAAACCCCCAUGACGUUUAAGGCAUGGGGAUGCAUUCGUCCAGCAGUGGAUUAACACAGAGCUGUAAGUAAGACUGACUUGUGGUGUUCAUUAUUUUGUCAAAUCAAGUUCACCCUACUAAAUAUCAAUUCCUGUUCACGGUGAAAUGUGCUGAACGGAACUGAGCCCAAAUUGUUUUUAGACGCCUUUUCCCCCCGUCUCUCUUAAUGACAAAAAAGAAUCCAAUCUAAGUAAAAACAAAACAAAAAUCCAAGUGUACACCGGUGCUUUACAUUGCAAAUUGCAUUCUUGGCUUAUUUCCCUUGGCAUUUUAAACCUAUUGCUUACCGCAUUUUCGUCGAGGAAAUGCAACAAGCCUCUGAAGGCCAUUUAAAACUCUCUCUCUUUCAUCGCACGUGUCCUGUUGCUUCAUCAUUACACCUGCAGUUUGGCGCAUCUGUGUUUAAUGUUAAUUAAUGCCAGUAAAUAUCAACUGUUGAACCAAUUAGCGGACAAAUACAGCAUAAUGCUGAACAUGAGCCUGCCGACACUAGGCCACAUUGUAAACAAGAUGGCCCCCAUAGCCUUUGUCAGUCCUAGGAUGGCAAUUGCAUAAAUUGAAUUGCCUGAGUAUACUAACGAGUUUAGUUUAUUAUGUUUGAUUUUUAUUAUUUUAUUAUUUCUCUUCUACGUGACUUUACCGAAAGAACCAAGAAGAGUUUAGUGAGCUCUAAUUUCUAGUUGAGGGCCUACCACCUAAAUGGCUUCUCAUAAACAAAAUCAUUUAAGAAUAACACUUCUCAAACAGUGCACGUUCGGGAAUUAUUUGGCAUUUGUGAUGCGAAUCAACAAUCUCAAACUGGAUCCCUUUUGUCAGCUGAUAUGCUAACGUAUUUAUGGAUGCUGAACUUCUUUCGCACCGUACGUACCCAACCAUACUCAUCUGAAGGCAAGAACAAUAAACGAGACAAAAAAAGCAGUUUUGAAGAAAUUCGUUUUAAAUGUUCGACUACAUGGAAGUGAAACUGUGGUUUAUGAACUGUCUGCGAGGCACGGCAAGCUGCUCAUCGCUGCGGGGCCGUCACCUCCUGCAAUGGCGUCGCGUUCGCAGAAGCCCUCUUCUUCUGCUUGACCAAGCGACUCGGUGAUUUUAGUGGACGACUUCGGGUCGAGGUCGCACCUGAAUUCGCUGUCGAAGGCUUUAAAAGAUCAAAAGAAACGCAGAUCCCCUAUCCGUCGAUAUUCGUACGUACGAUCCAAGUUGAAGAUAGUUUCCAGUUGAGCUGCAAACGAGGAUGGAGUCAAAUUUCGAUGUAAAGCUUUCGUGACUGCAGGGAUUCAUCUUUGUUGGUUCUUUCGGUAAAGUCACGUAGA